UCCAGCUUCACUACCUCUAAUUCUGUUAUCGCAAGGCAUUGAACGGGCUGCGUAUUCUCUUCUCUCUAUCUACAAAAGCCAUCUUGCACGCCUACCAUCGUUCAGUCCCUUCCUCCAGAAGGUCCCCUCGCGCAACGCAUCCUUCUCUGCAAUUCGCCGAAGUCUCCAACAGCGCACCCACCCCCGACACCACCAUGGCUUCCAUGGACAUCGAUAUGGAAAUUGACCUUGGGCCUCUUCCGGAAGAAGACCACAUUGAAAUUGAACCUACACCCGCAACAGCUUCCACCGAAGAGGCCGUCGAUGCGCUUUCAUCCGAAGCACAAUACGAGAAGGUUCACAUACGCGGUGUCGAUGAGUUGGCAACAGACGAUAUAAAGCGAUUCGCCCUCGAAAACUUCCCUGUCGAGGAAUCGAGCCGUGUCGAGUGGAUCGAUGACACAUCCGCGAACCUAGUGUACUCAUCGCCAGAGGUCGGCCUUCAAGCAUUGGCAGCUCUCACGCAGUCUAACGAAGAGGAGGAUGUGUCUCAGUACCCCCCGUUACGGCUACGGUCGGCUAAGCUCCUCUCCUCCCACCCUGAUUCCGUACUCCAAGUCCGAUCAGCGGUCAAGACGGAUCGCAAGAGGCCACGCGCGCACGAAGCCAGUCGAUUCUAUCUCAUGCACCCUGAACAUGACCCUCGAGAGCGCCUGCGGCGCGAGCUUGCGGACAGACGUCAGCACAGCGGCGGAGACAGCAGCGAUGGUGACUACAGACGGAGGAGAUUUGAUGGCCGGGAACUGCGGCGACGGAGAGACCGUGACGCUGACGACAACUUCAGCGCGAAUAUGUAUGAUGACACGCGUGCCGUCAGUGCCGAUCGCUCGGAACCGUCUCGUGGACGUGGCCGACGAGGACCAAGGGAUCUGUUCCCUGAAGAUGAAGGGGGCUCCUCGGGGCGUCUACGCAACCGCAGUGCGUCACCCGGUCGCGAUACUUUGAUGGAAGGGGGAUACGCUGAGACGGAACAUUCCAGCUCUCGCCGGCAGUUCCGUGAGCGAUCGCCCCAUUCCAGCCGUCAAAAUGAAGGCCGGGAGCUCUUCCCCUCCUCCACAGCAGGCAGGAGCGACUCUAACACGCGAGAGCUUUUCCCUCACAAGAAGGUCAAAGAACUCUUCCCCAGCAAGCACAGCAAUCACCGCCGGUCCGAUGCGAUUGACGCUGCGGACGAGACUGCGGAUCUCUUCGCUCGCCGGAUCUCGGUACCCUUGGUCGAUGGCGCACAGGACGUGCAGUCUCAGCGAAGAAACAAGAAUAUCGAGCUUUUCCCCGAUAGCUCGGAUUCAAGUGGGCUCAACAUCCGCGGGGCUGCAGGUCAAGGUCGGGAUCAGGGGAUGUCAAUUCGUGGCGCGGCAGGCGGCAUCUCUAUCAAGGGACGGGGGGCUUCUGUACGAGAGCUUUUCCCCUCCAAGUUCAAUUCCAACGCGGGCAAGGAGUUGUUCUCUGAAAAGAUUGAAGGCCGCGGAGGCCCUCGACGGAGGGCAGAGGAUAUGUUCAGCUGAGGCGUUCUGCAUUCUUGGUUCGGAAAUAC